AUGUCUAAUCAACAAACUUCCUACACUUUAUGGUCUCCUCAGGAUACCGUCCAAGAUGUUGCAGAAUCAUUAGGUAUUGAUAAUGUUCCUGAAGAUGUCUUAAAAGCCUUAGCUAUGGAUGUUGAAUAUCGUAUUUUAGAAAUCAUUGAGCAAGCUGCCAAAUUUAAAAGACAUGCAAAGAGAAACGUAUUAAGUACUAAUGACAUUGCCAAAUCUCUAACUGUAUUAAAUGUCGAACCUUUAUAUGGAUACCAUAAUCAUCAAGUAUUGAAUGGCCAUUCUAACCAAAGCUCCAUUGGAUUUACCCGUUGUCAAGUACCAGGGGCACCAGACCGUCCUGUAUAUUUCAUAUCUGGUGAUGAAGAAGCUGAUUUAGAAAAGUUAUUACAACAGCCACUCCCGCCAAUUCCAAGAUUACCAACUUUCUCAGCUCAUUGGUUAGCCGUUGAAGGUGUUCAACCUGCAAUCCCACAAAACCCUCGUUUGCAGGAAAUUCGUAUGGCUCAACCUCCAGCAAUUCGUGGGGCUAUAGUGACCGCAUUAAAUGAUAAUUCUAUUCAUGCAGAAGGUGAUAAUGGUACGGGUUCUGGUACUGGAAGCACAAACAACGUUCUAGAUGGUCCUGAUUCGUCAACAAUAGCUGGCGCUAAUAAUUCAAUUAAUGGCUUAUCUAAUCCAAAUAUACAAUCUUCAAGACCUAGAGUUACAUCGAGAGUAAAACCUGGUUCCCAUUCAAAUACUCAAUUAAAACCAUUAGUACGUCAUGUUUUAUCUCGUGAACUGCAAUUGUAUUUCGAUAAAGUCGUUGAAGCUUUAACUUCAUCUUCUUCAUCCCCAGAUUCAUCUCAUUUGAGAUCUGCUGCACUUACUUCUUUGCGUACUGAUAGUGGUCUACAUCAAUUAGUCCCAUACUUUAUUCAAUUUAUUGCAGAACAAAUUACUCAUCAUUUAAAUGAUUUAGAUCUUUUAACAUCUAUCUUAGAAAUGAUUUAUUCAUUACUGAGCAAUGAAUCUAUAUUUUUAGAUCCAUACAUCCAUUCAUUAAUGCCAUCUAUUUUAACACUUUUAUUAGCAAAGAAAUUAGGCACACCUCCCAAUAAUCUACCGAAAUUAACUUCAAAUAAUAAUAAUAAUAAUAAUAUUAAUAAUAAUAUUAAUAAUAAUAAUAAUACAGAUAAAUCAGAUGUGUCAUCGUCUUCAACAAAGAAUGAAAAUAAAGAUAAAGAUAAUGACAUAGAAAUGAAAGAUACUGAUACUACUACCACUAAUCCACAAGAAGAUGACUUAAAGGGAUAUUUGGAAAAGACAAACGCCUUACGUGAUUUUGCUGCUUCAAUGUUAGAUUAUGUAUUAAAGAAAUUUCCACAAAUUUAUAAAUCGUUGAAACCUCGUGUAGCAAGAACGCUAUUGAAAACUUUUUUGGAUUUAAAUCAUGUAUUUGGAACUUAUUAUGGUUGCCUGAGGGGUAUUGCAGUUUUGGGAAAUGAAACUAUAAGAUUUUUCUUGGGCAAUUUAAAUAAUUGGUCAAAUUUGGUAUUAAACGAUAAUAAAUUUACUGAGUUGGAAGAAAGAUAUUUGAUUGAUUGUAUAUUAGAUAUUCUAGUAUUGUUAAAAUGUGAUUUACCAAUGGUUUAUAAAGGAAAAGAAGAGGAAGUCACUGAUGAAGAAAGGACAAACUUGGAAAGCAGAUGUGGAUUAACUAUUUCUAAGGAAGUAUUGAAACGUGACGAUAAAAAGGAAUUAAUUUGUGCCAUCUUCUUUGGAGAAUAA